UGUGACCAUGAUGGAGUCGACAUGAGCUGAAUACCUGAAGAUUGUGGCUUUACUUUGAAUAUGAUUUUGAACAUUUCCCUGCUGGAUUUCACAUGAAGAAUCAUCAUGGGGACAUCGGAAAAGUGUUUUACAAGAGCUGUUCACACGACGUUGGUCGUGAUGUUCAGCGUUCAACUGGUGAGCACGGUUGAGCGGCAGGUGUUUGACUUCCUAGGCUUUAUGUGGGCACCCAUCAUCGGCAACUUUUUCCAGCUGUUUUGCGUCAUUAUUGGCCUGUUUGGCACCUGUCAAUACAGACCAAGGUUUAUAAUUGUGUAUACAGUAUGGAGCUUGUUGUGGCUGGGCUGGAACCUCUUUGUUAUCUGCAUCUAUCUGGAGGUGGGAGUGUUAAGAAGGGACAAAGAGUUGUACAUAUUAACAAUUGGAACAAAAAAUAAGAGUUGGUGGUUGGAACAUGGAGUUGGGUGCACUGUGACUAACACCUCGUGGAUGAGCUCCGUGCCUCCAGAGGCAAGCCGCCCCAUCCCACCGGAGGAGUUUGUGGAUGGCUGUAUCCUCCAGUACUAUUAUGUGGAAGUUAUUCAUGCUGCUGUGCAGUGUCUGUUAUCGCUUCUGGGUUUUGUGGUGUCGUGCGUCACAAUCUACGCCUACACAGAAGAAGAGGAGUCUUAUGAUCAGUACAUCCGUUACACACAAGCCAGCCCAGCCAAUGAUGAACUGGAGUUUGUCAAGAUGCGAUACCGCUCCCCAGCACACAACGCUUACAGAGACAAUCAGACAUUUGACCACGUGAACAUGGCUGAGUUUACCACGCUGGAGAUGCCCCCCAGCUACGAUACCACAAUGAGGGAUAACAGUAUCGCGGACACGACCGCUGCCAACCUGUACUAUGCUUCUGAUAGGCAGAGUGUUCGCAGCAAGGCGAGCACGCGGUCCAAGCGAUCCAAUCGCAAUGGCAAUACAACUAUAAACAAUAACUAUGAACGGAGAGAGGAACUGCCAUGGGUUCAGAUCACGCCAUCAGCGCAUGGGGACAACACUCAUCACAGGAACUACCCAUAGUGUACAUGUCAUAUCAGUGGAUGUGGGAUAUUGUGCUUUAGUGUGUUUUAACUUAUAUGUGGAAGAGUCAACACCACUUUCGCAAACCCACCGGGAUCAGUCGGAGGUGCAUGCUGCACAGUUCUCUGACACUUGACCUCUGGAACUGUUCUAUUUGGACAUGUGAUACUUUAACAUGUAUGUAUGUGAAGACAGUGCUGUUUCUUUAUGUGUGAUGUGAUAUGAUGCAGGUGGGGAUGAAUCUGACUUGCAUGAAUUCUGUACCUCAAGGAUAGUGUCAAGUGACUGGUUACCAUGGCAACCUUUUUGCAGUUGAUCUCAUACCUCGUCAUACGUCGUGUCAGCGAUACCCUCCUGUUGUAGUUUAUGUCAUACAAUAUGUCAUACAGGACCCUGGCAUGGUAAACUCAUCUCCCAACCUCAUGUGGUCGUAUAUUUAAGCUGGGCAGUUUUCAAUAAUUAGUUUGCAUUAAAGUUUUUUGAACAUAAUUAGUAAAUGCAUAUGCAGGGAUGUGGAAAAUCAAUGUUCUGUGAGUUAUUGAAAAUCCCCCCAAACAUUGUAAGAAGUGUAUAAACAUCCCCAGCAUGACAUUCCACUUUAGUCUGCAUUGUUUACUUCCUUGUUCUGAUUUUGAUCAUGCUUUAUGAUACACUGUUUGAUCAUGCUGACUGGUUGAUCAGAGUACCAUGCAGCCAGUUGUGCAGGGAGACCACUCUUCCUGCUGAAGACAUAUAUUUUAAAUAUUGUUACAGCUAAGCAAUGGAUGCAUUCCUAUUUCGUGUCAGGAAAAGCUGCAGAUGUUCUAAAAUUAAGUCAAAGGCACUGAAUGAUGCAUUUUGUGAGAGCCAUAUUUGAUCAGUUAUAUUCUGGACAAGUAUGCAUGGCCAUCAGACAAGAGAAUUUUCUUAGUUCCCUUGUCAAGGGAGAACUUCACAACUUUGAUAUUUCCACACCCCUGCCUUUUUAUUUGUUAGCCUCUGUUUUGUUACUUGACUAAACUCUGUUAAGUGCUGGACUGUGGUAAUUAGCUGUAUGUUUCAGACAAAAGUGAUAUAUAUGUAUACUGCAUUAUGAGAUAUAGUUACUGCUUAUGCUUCAUAGACUGCUCAUCUGCAGGUACACUGUUAUAUCAUUGUAUGCUGCUGGCAUGACAAGCUCUGUUUGGACAGCUUGCUGAAAGCAGUGCCAUACAACUGGCUAUGUUUAUAGGUAGUUACAGCUGAAGUGUGAUAGAUUCUCAAAUAAAUAAACUUUUUUGUAGGCUUAGAAAUUCUUCCAUUUUUCUAACAGAAUAUAUUAGUUUAUUUUAAAGUAAAAGGAGGAUUAACAGUUGAUCUGUAAAAUCUUUAAUUUUUAUUCCAAGUAUGUAUUUAGCAGCUGCCAAUAAUUUUCUUGUAAAAAACAUGCAAGGAAAGAAAUUAGUUUCCUGUUUCCUGUUUGUAAAAAUGAUGUUUUUUUCUACAUGCAUUCCAGGAAGGUAUUUUAUUUGGUUUUGAAGAUUUGUUGACUUUAUUAGCAGGGUUAAACUUAAUUUGGUAAUAGUGAAUAUGUUUAUGGAAACAUUAUGACAGUAGUUGGUUUUUGUUAGAAAUCCUUUUUUCAGUUCAGUUGUCUUUUAACAUAAGCAUUUCUGUAAUAUUAUAUAUUUAUGAACUUCAACAGCUGUUUGCUGGUACAGACUGCAAGGUUGUAAAAACAGAACAUUAUCUAAAGUAUAUAUUUAUCUACCUAAACUGUCUUCCACUGCUUGGCAAGCAUUUCUUUUAUUAUAAAGUGUCAGUCAGUAAGGGUGCGUAGUGAAUAAAUAAUUGAUCAGUUUCUUUUAGCUUUUAAUCCAUUGUUUUGCGGGUAUAUCGAUUAUUGCAAAUUCGUAACAGGGAGUACAUGUAAUUUAGUCCCUCAGACACUUAACAGGUUAGAGUUAUUUCUGAAAAAAGAUUUUGCAGAAAAAAGGAGCACCAAGAUUUCCACUUGAGACAGCAUCACCAUGAUCAUAAUCACUGUGGUAGAGGUGUGUAUGUAAUCUAGUUCCAGAUGCACUGAAAUGUCAUUGUGUUUGCAGGUGUGUUAGACACAGGUUAGACAGGUGUUCAAACCAGUCCAGUCUGUCACUGCUGCAAUGGAUGUUAGCCUCACUUGUUACACUCACAUGUUGAAUUAUAUAUUGAUAAUUGUAAAUAUGUUUGGACACUAUUGACUAUGACUGUCAUGCAGGUAUCGUUAAUUAUUUAUGGCAUCACUCACAAUUAUUUCUACUAACACCAUGCUGUAUAUAGUGCAAUAGGGGUUAAUGUAAAGUUCCAUUGCAUCUAAACGCCUUACAUUUACCCCUUGUGAAAGCUAUAUUCUGUUUUGUUCUGCCUUGGGUAUAAUGAUCAUUCCUUCAUGUUGAUUUUACUGCUCUUUAUUUGCCAUGGAAGUUGCUGAGAUUUUUCUUAUUUCUGGUUGUGAUUUGUAAAAGAAGUCUUCACAGUUGUAAAAUAUUUGAUGUUGAUAUUUUCAGAACUAGUUUCCUGAUAGUAUGGUUUUAUUAACUAUCCAGGAUUUCAUCAAUAUGGUGUGUGGUAUGGUUUUAAGUGUGGAAAACUUUGGAUAUGGAAAUCUGGUUUUUGUAAUACACACUCAUAAUCCAGAUAAGCAGUUUCUCUUUUCAGCAAAAUUUGUUUUAAUCAUUUUGGACAUUCAGCUGUUUAUUUCCUUAGUUCACUGUAAACAUCUAUGUAAGUUGAUUUUAUGAGUAGUUGGGAUCACUUCCCUUUUAACAAUGUGUUGACUUUAUUGUAAUGUUUUGUGCUCAUUUGUACUUAUAUAAUUGUGAUAUUAUCAAGGGACUCAUCAGAUGCUGUUAUAUCAUAGAUUGUAUUACUCAGUGUUCAUGUGAUUGAUAAUGGACAAUGUCCAGCCAAGAUUGACGAAUUGUCAUUUUCAAAUCUUGCCAUCUAAUAGACAGGUUAGGUGACUGACUUUAAUGAUGCAUCCUACGACUCUUUUUUUUCAUGUUUGUGAAAUUGUCAUGUAUUUGUUUUUCUUCCCAUCAGUUCAUCUCAUAAGCCCAUGCAAAGUUUUGCUUUAAGGAGUUCAAUCCGCCAUUGUUAGGUUUCACAACUUACCUCCAUUGUAUUUUCAUAUCAACUUGAAAAUGUGUCUUUGCCUUAAUCUGGAAAUGCUCAGCUUGCUUGGGCUCACAGUUGCUCUUGUUAUGCUUUAGAAUCACACUGGUCAUGGUUAGUGGAAUAUGAACUGUAUUACAGUUGGAGGUGAAUGUGUGUGAAGGUGCAAUUUGCUAUGCAGAGUUGUGUUUCAUAGCUGUGACAGGAUCUGCUGUGUCAUGGUUUGGUUCAUGUAGUUUAUGAUCCUAGGUUUGUCAGCACUGUUUCUGGGCUUGAGGUAAACAUCGUUGACCUGUAUUACAUUGGGCUUCUGUCCUGUGUGAACCUAAAGUUGUGAUAAACUGAAUGCUGUUCACAGCAUCAUUUAACAGAUUUAUCAAACCACUCCUCACUUUCUCGAAGUUUCACAAGUAAUUGUCUGUUUCAUGCAAAUCAUUGAGGUGGGCUCUUGCAUCAGCCAGAUAGUCAGUCAAACACUCGCACUUCCCUCAUAGGGAUUAACCCUACCAUUCCAUUGUGUGUUCUCAUAGAGGGGUAGGUAUUUGUUCAACAAGGUUCAUUUACUAGUGGAUACAGACUUGUGUUAACUGACUGCAGUUUGGUGCAGGAGCUCUGGCAGCACAUCUGUGAUAGGAGGACAGGAGUCACAUGUAUAGGGACAGUGAAACGCAAGGUUUGUGGAUAGGUUGCACACUAUGUCAGGCUCCAGACAUGAGGAAGAAGUCACUUGAUAAGAGAAGGUCCUGAAGCAACUACACAAUCUGUGUAUUUUUAUCACAUUUAAGUGUUGUCCAACAGUGUUCAUAUGGCUAGUAUUCUUCAUAUACUUGGUCCUCUCUACACAUUAACUUUGGGAUAGGGAUUGGAAGACACCACCUGUCCUGUUUGAGAAACAGUGAUGCAGGUACACGUGGGUGGAUUUAUUUUACCAAAAGUUACUAUUGGCUUCUUGGAUAUUCACAUUCAUUGUGCCACUCAGUUGUGCAUAGGGCAUGUUUUUGUGUUUUGACUUCUCAUGAAGUUUUCUUAUUGAGGAGGCCAAGUUAGGAUUGGCAUUGUCAGAUGUUAUGGGUGCAAGACUUUUAACAAGGAGUUGCAUAACUGCUCAAUUUCAUGUUGCACAGGGAGGGAUGGGUGGAGAUAGGAAGUCUUGAACUCUGGUGUAGGUAUGGACUUCUGUCUGACCAAAACUUUCAUUUUUUCACUGAUGAAUCAUUUACAUGUAUGCAUUGUGAGCUUGGGUAUGCAGCUGUACUAUGAGCAUUGUUCACAAAUAAAACUACCAUUGUCUUGAA